GUUCACAGCGAACAGAAGUCAGCAAAUCGCGCUCUUCAAGAAAAAUGUUUGGAAUUCAAAGCGAAAACUAUUUUGUGGACAACUACUCAGUCAGUGAUUUAAUGAUGUAUCCUUGCGUCGAGUUCAACGUAGAAGCUGCUCCCGUGGCAACAACAAGAUCCUCGGAGAAAUCGAAGAGGUCUCGCACGGCAUUCAGUAGCCAUCAGCUAAUCGAACUAGAAAGGGAGUUCCAUCUCAACAAAUAUUUAGCCCGAACCAGGCGAAUCGAGAUAUCCCAGCGUUUGGCACUCACAGAGAGACAGGUUAAGAUCUGGUUCCAAAAUCGUCGCAUGAAACUCAAGAAGUCGACCAAUAGGAAAGGUGUCAUUGGAGAGCUGACCACGUCUAUUCCACCUUCUUCCCAGUCGAGCGAAGAUCGCCAAAAGGACGAGCAGAUCGUGGAGCGUCUCCUUCGAUAUGCCAGCACAAAUGUGGAAACAGCUGCACUCCGGCAGGUUCAUAACGGUGUCCUGGAGGAGGGUCAAAUUACACCACCCUAUCAGAGCUACGACUACCUCCAUGAAAUUUGUCCUGAGCCCAUGGCUCUUCCCCAACUGCCUUUCAAUGAAUUCGACGAAAACUGGGCGAGUUCUUGGCUGGGUCUUGAGUCAACGAUUCCUGUCGCAGAACAUGUAAUUAAACCCAAUACACAGGAUCAGCAAAUGCUACAGAAUUUCUGCUGGGACUCGAAUAGCUCUUCUGCUUCAUCGGCGGAUAUUUUGGAUGUUGACUAUGACUUUAUUCAAAAUUUGUUAAACUUUUAAAUAUAUCUUUGACUAUAUGUUUAGGCAACUGUAUGUACAUAUAUAAUAAUUGUAUUAUACUAGCAAUAUCUUUCUGUGACUACCUUAUUAUUACUUAU